AGGGGAAAGAGAGAGAGAGAGAGCAAAAGGGGAAAGAGAGAGAGAGAAAAAAGGGGGUUAGAAACCCGCCCCGCGAUGCAGACCCCGAGCCCCGGGGGGCAGAACUCUGUGGGGGUUAGAGACGUGAGAGAGAGUCACCGCCGGGAGUCGGUUCAGCUGUUGGUCUUCAACUUUUUGCUGAUCGUCACCAUCCUCACCAUUUGGCUCUUCAAACACCGCAGAGUCCGCUUCCUGCACGAAACCGGCGGCGCGAUGUUUUACGGGCUGUUAAUGGGAUUGAUCCUUCGUUACACCAUCCCACCCACCGACCCCGCCAACAGGGUUGUGCAUAGCUGUUCGAGUGUGACCACCAGCCCUGUCACCCUGCUGCUAAAUGUUACCGACCGGCUGUGCGAGUACGAGUAUAAGAGGGACAUUGACGAGGACAACCUGAACGACCGCCAGGGAAAUGAGAUUCUUCGGAAGGUAACGUUUGAUUCAGACAUUUUCUUCAACGUCCUUUUGCCCCCGAUCAUAUUUUAUGCUGGAUACAGCCUGAAAAAGAGGCAGUUCUUUCGUAACCUUGGCUCCAUCCUGACCUACGCCUUCAUAGGGACUGUUGUCUCCUGCAUUGUGAUCGGUGGCAUUAUGUACGGCUUUGUGACGGCGAUGAUGAAGCUGGGCCAGCUGGAGGAGGAUGAUUUCUAUUUCACCGACUGCCUGUUCUUUGGGGCCAUGAUCUCAGCCACCGACCCAGUGACCAUCCUGGCCAUCUUCCAUGAGCUGUACGUGGACACCAGCCUUUACACCCUGCUGUUCGGGGAGAGCGUUCUGAACGAUGCCGUGGCCAUAGUCCUGACUUACUCCAUAUCUAUCUACAGUCCGAAGGAAAAUCCACAUAUGUUCGACGUUGCAGCUUUCUUCAAAUCGGUUGGGAAUUUCCUCUGGAUUUUCACCGGCUCUUUUGCCAUGGGCUCCCUAUAUGGUGUGGUCACAGCUUUGCUGACAAAGUUUACCAAGCUCUGUGAGUUUCCCAUGCUAGAGACUGGGAUUUUCUUCCUGCUGUCGUGGAGUGCAUUUCUCUCAGCCGAGGCCAGUGGCCUAACAGGAAUUGUCGCUGUUCUCUUCUGUGGAAUCACUCAAGCCCAUUACACAUACAACAACCUCUCAGAUGAAGCUAAGAUAAGGACGAAGCAGCUCUUCGAGUUCAUGAAUUUUAUGGCCGAGAACUUCAUCUUCUGUUACAUGGGCGUGGCCUUGUUCACCUACCAGAAUCACAUCUUCAACGCCCUCUUCAUCAUUGGAGCCUUUAUUGCCAUCUUUGUAGCUCGAGCUUGUAAUAUCUACCCUCUCUCUUUCUUGCUGAACUUGGGCCGAAAACAAAAAAUCCCAUGGAACUUUCAACACAUGAUGAUGUUUUCAGGUCUACGCGGUGCUAUUGCCUUCGCCCUGGCCAUCCGGGACACGGACUCGAAACCCAAACAGAUGAUGUUCACCACCACACUGCUGAUUGUCUUCUUCACGGUCUGGGUGUUUGGAGGAGGCACCACUCAGAUGCUCACCUGGCUUCAGAUCAGGGUGGGUGUCAAUCCAGAUGAUGAGCUAAACAUGGAAACUGUACAUGUGAUUGCUGACAGUACAAAUGACACAAAGACUGAAAGCGCGUGGCUUUUCCGUAUGUGGUACAACUUUGAUCACAAAUACUUAAAGCCAGUUCUGACACAUGCUGGCCCACCACUCACCUCUACCCUGCCAACUUGGUGUGGGCCACUUGCUAGGCUCCUGACUAGCCCUCAAGCUUAUCAAGAUCAUCAGAAAGAGGACGACACACAAUACAUCAUCAAUAAUGAUGAGCUGUCAGUGAACUUCGAGGACAGAGCAGGUGCUGCAGUCAGCUCCGACGGUGCCCGAGGAAAGGACGUUCAACAUCAUCGGACUGCGGGAACUGAGCUACCAACAGGUCAGGCUCCUACUCCCCUAAACUGAACAAACUAUUGGGACAUUCCGGUUGUUUGGAGUAAAAACAAAAGGAAAUAAGAAAUAGCUUUGGACAAUCAACCGUGCCGGUCCUCAAUUCCCUCCACUGCAGCCCCUGGGACUCUGUAUCAGCACAGCAAGGCUCAGAUCCCGGCGGUCAAGAGAGCAGAUGCACAAGAGUAAAAAGACAUUGGUUUUGUGAAGGGGAAUUAUUGUCAUCGGGAAGUGGUUUUCAUGGCUGCCAAGUGAUCCGAGGACACCCCUCAGCUUCCCAACAAGCCGGUAGGACCUCACUGACUCACACAUCCCUGGCUGGGAACAGCUGUAGGAAGUAAGACAACAGCUUGGCUUCAUUCUGCUUUGAAGCAAUCCCCUGACUGGGCCUCAAAAACUAAUCCUGUCGUCGUCUCGUAAAGCCUUACUUCCGCUGUUCCAGAUGGUAAUGUGUUUCCACUUCAUGUGGGACCAUUCACGCGUUAAUUCUCAGGUCUAAAUUGACAGUAAAUUUUCUUUUAUUUUAAUAGAAUUUUCACUAGCAAUAGGAGCCUAAUGCUGCGCGAUUUAAAAUCCUGGUUUAAGUGCCUUCAACUUUCUUGCCAAACCUUUUUUGGUUGUGUUCCUGUGUUUUUAAUCAGCCUUGUCUGCUGCUAAUGUCUUUGUUUCUCAGCCUCCACCUGCAUGUUAUCAGCUCAACUGUGGUAGUGUUGAGUGGGGCAUUCCCUGCAGAGACGGGGAAUAAAAUGGGAAAGGUGUACUUCCUACACAGCUCUUGCUAACCUCGCAAGUCAAACCCCUAACGGUGAGGGUGGUCCUAGCUGGACAGUGCUUUCGAUGGCAAGCUGUGCGAUUUCAGCUGAUUUUAAAAACUCCAACAGUAUUCCAGCACACACAACAACAAAAAUUACAUUUGUAUAGCACCUUUUUACGUCGGGUGGAUGUCCCUAAGCGCUGGGGUUCCCAAGCCUUGGUUCUUGCCAAUCUGUACCUGAUACUCUCCGGGAUUAGGUAAUGUACUCCAUUCCAGACCUGGAAAUUUCCACGUUUAGAUGGCAUAAAUGGAACUCUCAGAUUGAUUUGGAUACUUUUAAUUAUGAUGAAGGGUUUCUGAUGUGUCGGACCAAAAAGGGAUAAAAGGUUAGCUUUUAUUCAUGUUGCUCACUGGGUUAUAAGGGACGCAUGGAAACAGCCAGAAUAUAGUAUAAACAGACUCACGAUUUACAUGUUUACUCAGCAUGUUUAGCCUUAUAUCAGAAGAACAUGUAUAUUGAUUAUUAUUAAUAGUAAUAUUCAUAACAAUCCUUGCAUUUGAUAUAGCACCUUAUCACAUCGUCGUGACAUCUUAAAGGGCUUCACGGGAUAUACUGUAAAAUGGUUUUGACUGUAUAUUAUUGUGGGCGAUAAUUCAGUUACAUUUAUUACAAUAAUAAAAAUAACUUUGCAUUUGCUACAGCA